AUGUCGACUGGAUUAAAUUGGCAUAGACCAUGUAAUGCUGAAGGAGACACAGUACUUAUUUAUACAUUUGAAAAUGUUGAAGGUCUACUAACUGAAUUGGUGGGAAUUUUCAAAAGGCAUAAAAGGGAAGUUUCAAAAUCAACUGUUUCAUCACAAUGUUUUCGUAAUACAAGCUUUUCAAUAUUUAUAAAUCAAUUAUUCUGGGACGAAGUUAAACGACCGAAAAGAAAACGAAGCUCAAAUUGA